AUGUUAUCCAAGUUGCCAAGAUCGUGCGAUACAUUUGUCGUGUUACCGCCGUUAACAAAAAAUCAAUCCGUCGUGUUUGGAAAAAACUCUGAUCGUCCGCAGAACGAAGUCCAAGAAGUAGUUUUAGUCAAAGGAGGGCCCAGGGAUGAUAAGCUAAAGUGCACUUACAUCACCAUAGAUGGGUUUUCACCAGUAAAUACAGUAAUAUUGAGCAAACCAGCUUGGAUGUGGGGAGCUGAGAUGGGUGCUAAUGAUAAAAAUGUAGUUAUUGGCAAUGAGGCAGUUUGGACUAAUAACAAUGAAGGAGAAGGUGAUGCACGACCCAAGCGCUUGUUAGGGAUGGACUUGGUGCGCCUAGGAUUAGAGAGAGCUAACACUGCAGAAGGAGCAUUAGAUGUGAUAACAUCACUACUUGAGAAGUAUGGUCAAGGCGGUCCUUGCUCUGAACAUGAUGAUAGCCACAUCUAUCACAACUCCUUCCUUAUAGCAGACACCAAAGAAGCCUGGGUUUUAGAGACCAGCGGCAAGUUAUGGGCAGCUGAAAGAGUCACAAGUGGCUACAGAAACAUUUCCAAUGGUCUCACUAUUGCAACAAAGAUAGAUAAACAUGCUAACAAUUUGAUGGAAAAGUCUAAGAGGUUGGGUCUCUGGGACGGACAGAGUGAAUUCAAUUUCACCAGAUGUUUCUCAUCUGGUGGUGAUGAACAAAGGCAGCAAGAAGGUGCCAGAUUGUUGAAAGAGGGAAGCUCUUCAUCAGCAUUUGAUGUGAGGGCCAUGAUGAAUGUUUUAAGACACAAGGACAGCCGUAUUUGCAGAAGUUGUGAUGAUACCUUCCCCACCCAAGGAAGUCAGGUGUCUAGCCUCUCAGAUAAAACGAUAAGUGUGCAUUGGUUCACUGCUACACCAGACCCCAGCAUGUCGUUCUUCAAACCAUUCGUUUUCACCAAGAAUGCCCAAGCGUCUCCAUUCAUUGUGAGCCCGGAUAAGCCACUUAGAGAACAUCACCUUUAUAAGUUGCAUAUGGAACGCAUAUCUGCAAGCGACAAUGAAGACGUUGCGAAGGUUAUACAAGUGCUGGAAGAAGAUCGCCUUGCAGAGAUUGAGACAUAUGCUAAUGAUAUUCCAACCGGCCAAAACACACAUGAUAAACUUGAUAACCUAUUGAAAGACUGUGCAGAGACUGAAGUAAACUUAUAUGCAAUUUAA